AUGUCGCACACAGCGCCACAACAGGCACUGUAUGAUGAGAAAAUCGCAGUGAAAACGGAAGGCAAUGGUGGGAUGGACAAAAAUGAAGAAAGGAUUGGAAAUGAGAGCGAGGUUUCCGAUGAAUCUUUUGCGAAUCCAACGGGGAUAAAUGAGAAGGCAUUAGUCAGGAAGUUGGACUUGAAACUAUUACCUGCGCUUACAUUGCUUUAUUUGUUGAGUUUUUUGGAUAGGAGUAACAUCGGAAAUGCGAAACUUGAUGGAUUAGCGACGAGUUUAAACAUCACCGGGAACCAAUAUCUAUUGACACUGACAAUUUAUUUCAUCGGAUACGUUCUCUUUGAAGUGCCUUGCAACAUCAUACUUAAACGCACAACACCCAAAAUAUGGCUUCCAACACUCAUGCUUCUAUGGGGAAUCGUCGCGACCUUAAUGGGAAUUUCUACAAACUAUGCGGGAUUUCUAGCUGCAAGAUUCUUCUUGGGUGUUACGGAGAGUGGAUUGUUCCCUGGUGUGGUGUUCUAUCUGUCAAUGUGGUAUAAGAGGACGGAAACACAUUAUCGAGUUGCAUUGUUCUUUUCUGCAGCUUCGUUGGCUGGUGCUUUCGGUGGAAUCUUGGCUUAUGGCAUUGGGUUCAUGGAUGGAGUGGGAGGAUUGAAAGGGUGGAGAUGGAUUUUUAUCAUUGAAGGACUUCUGACCGUCGUUGUCUCUCUCUUAGCUUAUUUUUUUAUCCACAAUUACCCCUCAACCGCACCAUUCCUCACCGAACCAGAACGCUCUUUUAUCCAUGCGCGUCUCAAGUCUUCCACUGACGCAACCAAUAAUGAACCCUUCACUUGGGCCAACGUCCGCGCCGCUUUUGGAGAUUACAAAUGCUGGCUCUACAGUCUCGGUUUCCACACAAUGUCUCUACCCCUCUACACCCUUUCUCUUUUCUUUCCUACCAUCAUCUCAGCCCUCGGCUACAAAGCGGCUACCGCACAACUUCUCACUGUCCCCCCUUACGCAUUCGCCACAGUCCUUACAGUGAUCAUCGCCAUCCUCGCAGAAAAAACUCACAAACGCGCUCCUUUCAUUCUCUUCUCCUCCUCGUUUGCAAUCAUCGGCUAUAUCAUCCUUCUCGCAACUCCACACAGCAAACCCGGCAUUUCCUAUCUCGGAACCUUUUUCGCAGCCGGUGGAAUCUACCCGAGUACCGCUAUCGUACUUUCCUGGCCCGCUGCAAACGUAAGUGGACAAACUAAACGGGCCACGGCGACUGCGAUGACGAUUACGAUUGGAAACCUGGGGGCGGUUUUGGGAACGCAAUUGUAUAGGCCGGCGACGAGUCCUAGAUGGUUUUUAGGUCAUGGAUUUGCAUUGGGAUAUUUGGUGGCGAAUUUGGUAGUCGUAGGGACGUUGUGGAUUUGUUUGGAAAAGGAAAAUAGAGAGAAAAAGAGGAGAGAAGAGAGUGGAGAGAAUGGCGAUCUUGUAGAUGGUAUCGAAGGCCUACAGAUCAUAUGCCAAUUGACUCCAGGAAGGAAAGCGCCAGCCGAAGUAAACUAUUACCUUCCCGACUAUAGGGCCUUGUGUGCGGCGGAAAAUGCCACGCAUACUCUACACAAUAUCCACACUCUCCGAGGAGUUCCGGUGCGCGAUGCUCGACUUUGGUCGCGAUACCUUGAUGAGUCAAUUACUCUGUUUGGCGAUAAGACAGAUGUGGUGUUUGCUGGUCACCAUUGGUCAACCUGGAAUGACGAUGAGAAUUUAGUCCUCCAGUUUUUAUCAGAGCAACGUGAUUACUACGCCUACCUUCAUAAUGAAUCGCUUCGUCAGAUCAAUGAUGGACAAACUCCUUUGGAGAUUGCAGAGAAUAUCCAGGUGCCUCCUAACUUGAGUGCGAAAACCCAUAAUGUGAAAGGUGUUUAUGACAAAUAUAUGGGUUGGUUCAAUGGCAACCCAGCCCAUCUCUGGCCACUCCAACCCGGUUUGUCAAAUCUGUUCGACACAAUCGCCAUCAAAAUUGAAGGACUCGCCGCUUUCAAGAAAGCAGAGGUGUAUUUAGAGAAAGAAAUAACCAUCGAUUCCAUGGUUUCCGAUGUCCAACAAAUCAGUAAGCCGAGUGCUGGUUGGCACUUGAGAUUAAGCAAUGCUGCGAUGACAGGCCAUGCCAUUCCAUACGUAGCUUCUUCAGAAAAGCCAAAUCCGGGGAGUGACGUGACUAUCUGGUUAGAUCAUGUGAAUCUUGCAAGAUUAGUUGGAGCAACGGCUCUGGGAAGAAUUCCAGUUACUGUGGAUAAUCCACAUAUCGCUCUCACUACUGCUGGAGACGUAGAUGCUUGGACGAAGAUCACAGCUUUGAUCAAAUUGCCGACUGCUGAUUUCAACAUUGUUACGCCUUGA